AUGGAUAAAAGUGAGCUGAAGCGCGGCACCAUUACUGGGACAACAAUUUCGAAGAGCCAGAUUGAGAGGGCUAGCUUGACAGACUGUGAUGUGGCCGAAUGUGUUGUUUCUAGGUCCGAUUUCAAAGGAAUGAUUCUCAAAUACGGUGUUUGGAGGAAGGGUGUACUUGUUGGCAGGGUUGGUGAUCGUGAACCGGUCGCUAUCAAGAUGGACGCUUCAGGGACGGGAAAAUCUGUUCAUACCCCCAUUGCUACGCCUGAGGUUCCUCAAUUGAAAUCCAAGGCUACCCAUGGAUUAGAUGAGCACCCUCCUGUCUACAAUGAUGAUUCCGAUGUUAGUUUGGACAGCGACGAUGAUUCUGACAAUGAUAACGAUUCACCGCCGCCUUAUAAGGUAUAG